AAGAACAACACCAAGCGGUAGCGAAGCGGCGCCGAAACCCUUGUUACGCCUUGCCUCCCACUCUCUAUCUCCCUCGCCUUCUCCCCGAUCUCCGGGCUAACACCUUAGCCGCUUCGAUCCCACCUCCGCUCCAAUGGCGGAAGGAUCGGCGGUGGCGGAUAAACCGGAGUGUGCCGCGGCCCCCGCAUCCGGGUUGUCUCGGGUGGAGAGCCUGUUCCAUAGGAGGAUCGAGUUCCACCCCGCGAGGAAGCCGUACUCUUCCUUCUCCAGUUCUGAUGGGGAUUUCCGCCUCGAAACCUUGAACCCCAGAUUGGGUCUCGACAGGCCGGCGGUUAGCCGUGGAGGGGCCUUUCAGGCCGGGGCGCCUUCUCCUGGGAAGCGAUCGGGGGAGAGGGAGUUUUAUGAGCACAGAAUGGAUCCUGAGCUUAGCUUUAGUAUCACCUUCCGGAGAAUAGGUGCUGGACUAGCAAAUCUUGGCAACACUUGUUUUCUCAAUUCAGUCCUCCAAUGCCUGACGUACACUGAGCCCUUUGCUGCUUAUUUGCAAAGUGGAAAGCAUAAAUCUUCUUGUCAUACAGCUGGAUUUUGUGCAAUGUGCGCUCUUCAGAAUCAUGUCAUCACUGCUUUACAGUCAAAUGGAAAGAUAUUAUCACCUUCUCAUCUUGUCAAGAACUUGCGUUGCAUAUCACGCAAUUUUCGCAAUUCCAGACAAGAGGAUGCACAUGAAUACAUGGUUAACUUGCUUGAAUCCAUGCAUAAAUGUUGUUUACCAUCCGGAGUCCCAAGUGAGUCGCCUGGUGCUUAUGAGAAAAGUUUGGUGCACAAGAUAUUUGGUGGCCAUCUCAGGAGCCAGGUUAAAUGCACACAGUGUUCCUACUCUUCCAGUAAAUUUGAUCCCUUCGUAGACUUGAGCCUUGAAAUAGCAAAGGCUGAUUCUUUGUGGAAGGCACUUACACAUUUCACUGCUGUCGAGCAAUUAGAUGGAGGUGAGAGGCAGUACCAGUGCCAGCACUGCAAGGAGAAAGUUAGGGCCUUAAAGCAACUUACUAUUCACAAGGCCCCAUAUGUUCUCACUAUCCAUCUCAAACGUUUUAGUUCUUAUGUUCCUGGUCAGAAGAUCGACAAAAAAGUGGAUUUUGAGCCCACUCUUGACUUGAAACCUUUCCUCAGUGAUCAACAUGGUGGAGAUGUAAAAUACACCCUUUAUGGUGUAUUGGUGCAUGCGGGUUGGAGUACCCACUCUGGACACUACUUUUGUUAUGUUCGCACCUCAAGUGGCAUGUGGCAUUCUCUUGAUGAUAACCAGGUUGGCCAGGUCAGUGAAAAGACUGUAUUAGCACAGAAAGCAUAUAUGCUAUUUUAUGUCCGUGACAGAACUUCUUUGCCAAAGGGAUCAGUCAAUAUGGUCCACAAAGAUAACAUUUCUGCUAAUGCUACUGAAAGGAAACUGAUUCCUGAAUCAUCCUUGGCCCUAAAUGGGGCACUUAAGAAUUGUGUCAGAACUUGUAGCACCAAUGUUCAAUCUGGUUCAGUAAAGGACACUUUGUCACUUCACCCUUUGCCUCAAGCAAUUUUGACUUUGCAAAAAAGUAAAACCCCUACUUUGUAUGAAGUUCCAGAAGUGCAAAUUGACAGAGAGGCAAUAGGAAGAGAAACUUCCACUUUGCAACCAGAUGGAGAUUCCUUGCCAGAAGGAUUACAGCAAACAACAUCAACAUCUGUAACCCUUCAGGUGAUGAGAAAAGAUUUCAUGGUGGAGGAAGCUAAAGCCACUUGUAGAAUUGAUGCUACUUUUAUCCUUGGAAGUCAUCAAUCAGAUGAUGAAAGAUGUCAAAUAUCUGGGAGCACUAAUGGAGAGGUGAAGUCAGUUGGGGUUAUUGCUGUUCUGAAUAACUCUAGCUGCACUCGCCCGAAGUCUCAGAAACAUGAAAACAAACUUCUCAAAGAAAGACAUAUGGCUAAGGACAAUGAUGCUGAAAAAGGAAUUUUGCAGACGCACGAUAUGCUUUGCAAUGCAGUAAAUGGCAUACCUGAAGAAAAUCGAAAAAUCAAACUUUUAAAUGGAUUUACUAGGAAGGAAGCAAAUGGCAGAGCACCAGUGGGAAAUCUGACCACUCAUCACAAUGAGUGGUGCUCAUCUAGCAUGCUAUCCCAUGUGGAAAACCUUCAUAAGCAGGAGAAGCCAAGGUUGGUUAAUUUGCCAAAGAGACUAGACACUGCAAACAGCUUUGUUCAGGAGGAUACUUUUAAAGACGACAGCAGAAUAGACAAUUUAAAGCAGCUGAAGCCAAAGAAGAUUGCUAAGCGUCCGUUAAGAGGCAUUUGUUUUGGCCGGAACCAUAUAUUUUUUGCUUCUUUAAAUCUGCACAAGAUUAAGAAAGUUAGGAAAAGCAAAAAACAGCCUUCAAGUUAUAAAAUAUUGCUAAAAGAUAUUCCUGAUGAUAUCAACACAAAUGAUCUGGCUGCAUCCACUUCUGAGGCCACUGUACGUGAGCAUUGUCAUGAGAAACACUGCCGAUCUGGACUGGUAGAAGACAAUAAUUCCAAAAUGGUGAAGAGUGGGAACUAUUGCAAUGGUGAAUCACUUAGUUCUACCAAUAGAGGUGAUAAGUUGAAGAAUACUAAUAAGAAUGUAACACUUGAUAAUUUUGGCUUACCAAGAAGUUGCUUGAGUUCUGCAGAAAAAUUGCUUAGCUCGAGAGCCACAUAUACAGAUGACAAAGGUAUCCAUCAUGAUUUUAUGAACCUGCUGAUGGGGGAGUUGAAAGAAACUACUGUUUCAAGAUGGGAUGAUGUAGAAUUGCCUAAAUUGGAACUUAAUGGGCCAGAAAGCUCAAGAAAUACCAGCAUUGGCUAUGUAUUGGAUGAAUGGGAUGAGGAUUACGACCAAGGCAAGAGGAAGAAGUUGAGGAAGUCCCAACAAUCUUUUGGUGGGCCAAACCCAUUCCAAGAGACUGCCAAUGCGAAAGCACAUCAGAAGUUAAAUUCAGAGCUGGGGCAAACAAAACGAGGGAACCAACCCUUGAGGAUAUGAAGGCAAAAAGAGAGACAAAAAAUUGCUGUAAUUGUAUCUCGGUUUUAGCUAAUAAUUAAUUUUAUCUUUUUUUUUUCUUUAUUUCUCCGAAGAUUAAGACAACUACGGAUGAAACAUUGUAUUCACUAUUCGAGAGUAAAUUGCAAGUGAGAAUGGCCCAAGGUGCAGGCCAUUCUUUUCUUGGUUUUUAGGAUA